GGUUCUUGAGCUAGGGUUUUAGCGAAAGAGGAGAGCAAUGCACAAGGACACGAUCUUGAAGCUUGCCAGGGGAUUCCGGGGCCGCGCCAAGAACUGCAUCCGAAUCGCCCGCGAGCGCGUCGAGAAGGCGCUGCAGUAUGCGUAUCGCGAUCGGCGCAGCAAAAAGAGGGACAUGCGCAGCCUGUGGAUCAUGAGGAUCAAUGCGGGCGCGCGGAUCUAUGGGCUGAGGUACAGUAAUUUCAUGCACGGCCUCAAUCGCGAGAACAUCCAGCUCAAUCGCAAGGUUCUUUCCGAGAUCGCGAUGAACGAGCCCUACUCCUUCAAAUGCUUGGCGGAUAUCAGCGAUCAAGCCAUCAAGGCCAAGGCCGCCGCUGCCAGGCCCAAGCUUGUCCCUUGAGAAAAAAAAAAAAAGGAAAACGAACUAGGCCUAUUUGGCCCCAAGAAUUUUAGGGUUC